GAACUUGAGAGACGGCAGUGGCACGAGCUUUCAGAAGCGCGGAACCCGUUGGUGCCUCGACUCGAGUCGACUCGGAGCGAAUCGAAGUCGGUCGCGUUUCCGCAGCGAGCAGUCUUGCCGGGGAAUUGAUCGGCCACGCGUGCUCGAGGAGGAGGUUCAUCGCGCACCUCGUCGUCCUCGGGUUCCAGAGGCAGCGGGCGCGAUGCUCUGCUCUCUUAGGGGCGCGAUUUCGCCCUCCAGGUGACAGGCUGCCCUCGUCGGGUUAUCUCGCCGUCGAGACUCGCUUUCAGAAGUCCUGGACACGAUGGCCGAGCCGAAUAUCACUGUUUCGGCGAAAUUGGCGAACGGUUCCAUCGCUACCCCCGAGGACGAUCUCCAGCUCGCCUCCGAAAAGGACCCCGGGAAAUCGGCACUCCUACUGCGGUGGAACGACAUGCCGAGGCACCUGCAGUUCAACCCCUACAUCUACACCGGGUACAGACCCCUCAUGAAUGUAUGGGGCUGCAUCGCGAGCCUCUUCUACGUGCACAAUGAGACUGUCAACAUUUUGACUCACGGCUUACCGAUCGUCUACAUCCUGGUCACCGUUCCCAGCCUGCUUCCCUGGGGAAGCCAGGGUCCCCUUGCCGCGUUUCUAUCCUGGUGUCACCUUAUCGGGGCGGUCAGUCCAUGGAUCGGUUCUUUCCUCUACCACCUAUUCAUGAACCUCGACAAAGGCGAGGCCACUUAUAAGAAGCUCUUGCAAUUGGACAUGCUCGGUAUAUGGAUCAGCCAAAGCUUUGGCGCCCUUCCGAUGAUCGCAGCAUCCGUACAUUGCUUGCCAGAAACACUCUGGCACUGUUGCCUCCUUGCUUAUAGUGUUCUGAGUUUCUGGGGUCUCCUCAAGGCUAUGAAUGCGUGGUCGCCGUGGGAUAGGCGGCUGUGUUUUGCACCCCCAUUCAUGAUGAGGAUGUUCGUACUGACUCUGAGGUACAUUGGAAGUAGCGGCGGAUCACCUACGGCACUAACACAUCUGGUUUUGCAAGAUCUGGUUGCUGUGGCUGGAGGUGCCGUUGGCGCGUUACACGUGCCAGAAAAAUGGGUGCCUGGUAAAGUGGAUCUGUUUCUGAACUCGCACAACAUAAUGCACGUGAUGGUGGUUAUGGCGGUUUACUCGAUGCACGCGGCAACGUUGAGGGAUUUGGCAUGGAUGUCCAACCCUUCUGUCUGCAUCGCGGUGUCGACUGCAACCCUGUCUUCGACUCAUGAAGAGCUGUGAUCAAUUCGAUUUAGAAACGCGAUUAUUAUACUUCUAGCAAAGACUUUUGCUGUGAUGGUAGAAGCCAUGCAUUUAUUGCAACUUUUCGUGGCUGCAGAAGUAUCUUCCAUCGUUACGUCUAUGAUACCUAUACAUAUAUAAUGUCGGGAAACCCUGGUAAAAAUUUACUUAC